AUGAAACGUGGUCAACCAGUCAAACCAUACAGAAUCUUCCUUAGUGGUCCGGGAGGAGUUGGUAAAUCACACGUGAUCAAACUCAUUCAUUCAGACACUGUCAAGUUACUCAAAUUAUCUGGUACAGUUGAACCAGGCCAAGUGUGUGUUUUGCUCACUGCUCCAACUGGUGUUGCUGCAUUCAAUAUUGGUGGAGUAACACUCCAUUCAGCUCUACUACUUGGUUGUAACAAAUUUCAAGGAUAUAAACCUCUGACAGCUGACAAACUCAACACUCUCAGAUCAAGGUUAAUGUCCUUGCAGCUGCUGAUUGUUGAUGAGGUAUCUAUGGUAGGUUCAAACAUGCUCCUCGAGAUACACAAGAGAUUGCAAGAGAUCAAGGGAGCAUCAGCAGACCAAACGUUUGGAGGAGUGAGUAUACUUGCUGUAGGUGACCUAUUCCAAUUACCACCUGUUUGUCAACCUCAUCUCUUUGAUCUGGUAUCUGAUGCAUACGCAAGGCUUCAUAAGACUGGAUCACUCUGGAAAGAUGAAUUUGUCCUCUUUGAAGUAGACGAAAUUAUGAGACAAAAGGAUGAUGCAACAUUUGCUGAGUUAUUAUGUCGAGUGAGAGUAGCCGCUUGUACUGAAAAUGAUAUAACUCUUCUCAAAUCUCGGGUUGUUCACGAUGGUGACGAGACCUAUCCACAAGAUGCUCUCCACGUAUACAGGAAAAACAUUGACGUCGCCGAACACAAUAUGACAAUGUUAAAUAAACUGGCUCCAAAGACCGACCACAUACUUAUUCGAGCAGAUGAUGAUACGAAGGGACAAACCAGACAAAUUUCUGUAUCUCAUAUUCCAAAUAAUGCUACAGCCACCGGAGGUCUUCCAACUACACUAAUUCUUGCCAAAGGAGCAAAGGUGAUGUUAACUGUAAAUGUAGACGUAUGUGAUGGUUUAGUCAAUGGAGCCAGAGGUAUUGUUACAGAAGUCAUUAAAAAUGCCCACAAAAUUCUAGCUGUUCUUGUAAAAUUUGAUAACACAGCUAUAGGACUAGCAGCAAUUCAAGGAAGUCCAUAUAAAACACUGCCAUAUCUGAUCGGUCUUACUGCUGCGAUCGGUCUCACUGCUGCGAUCGGUCUCACUGCUGCGAUCGGUCUCACUGCUGCAAUCGGUCUCACUGCUGCAAUCGGUCUCACUGCUGCAAUCGCUGAAAUCAGUUUCACUGCUGUAAUCAGUCUCACUGCUGCGAUCAGUCUCACUGCUCUAAUCAGUCUCACUGCUGAAAUCGGUCUCACUGCUCUGAUCGGUCUCACUGCUCUGGUCAUGCAAUGCUCUGAUUGGUCUCAUGUAAUCCUCUGA